GUACAAAGCAACCAGUUGAUAAUGUAGAUGCUCCAGCGCGUGAUCUCGAUGAUGAAAAGUCUCCUAAAGAAACUGACGAAGAAUUAAAACAUGAGAACUCCCAGAACACUUUUGGUAAAACCACUAGUAGCUCUACACAAGAAGAUGGGAAAUGUUCUAAAUUGAUUCCUAAACCGAAUGAAGAAGUUAAUCCAAAGUCGCACGAAAACGACAAAGAUGAUAAAGAAAAGAACUUGAUACCUGAAUACUUUUCCAGUCAUAAGGAUGUUAUCACAAGGGAUUAUAUGUACUCAAUGUCACACAGUCCACGUGGCGAAGCAUUCAUCAUCAACAAUAAAAAUUUCUUAAAGGAAUCAGGAAUGCAAGAAUACCCACGUAAUGGUACUGACGUUGAUCGUGAUGCUUUAUACGUACUGUUUACGAAAUUGGGUUUUAUAACCAUAGCUUAUGACGACCAAACCACGAAGCAAAUCAUGGAACUUUUUCGUGAUUAUGCCUCAAUGGAUCACUCAAAACAUGAUUGCAUAAUCUGUGCUGUUUUGACUCAUGGUGAAGAGGGGCUUUUUUAUGGUACUGAUGGCACAAUUCCAAUCAAAGAAUUGACGAGUGUGUUUCGAGGAUGUCUUCCUGGCAAACCCAAAUUAUUCUUUUUUCAAGCUUGUCAAGGUUUGAAAUAUAUGGAAGGGAUUGAUCUGAAGGAUGGAAAAGAUGAAAUUGACGCAAAAGAGAAAAUUGACGCAAAAGAUGAAAUUGACGCCCCAGGGAACAACAAAAUUACGCUUCCUCUUGAAGCAGAUUUUAUGUAUGCAUAUUCUACUGUACCAGGCUACUAUUCAUGGCGCAACUCUAUCAAAGGCUCUUGGUUUGUUCAAGCCAUCGUUUCCGUAUUCCAAAAGUAUGCAUCUUCAACGGAUCUUCUUAGAAUGAUGACGCUCGUGAAUUGUGAAGUGGCAAAACAGAAGUCCUACACAAAUGAUUACUUCUCCGAUAACAAGAAACAGAUUUCUUCAAUCGUCUCGCAGUUGCGCAAGAAAGUCUACUUCUUUCCUGAACAUGUUUUCGACGAUCAGCCGUAAAGUUCAUGUUUUGAUUUGUAUGGAUAUUUUUCAUGCUACUAGUGACUUUUCAUUAACUUUUUUAUGUAUGGUGAUGUUAAGAUGGUGAGUUGGACUAUAAAUCUGAGGGAAAAAUUUCCUGAAAUGAUUCAAAUGUCUGUAUAAUUAAUUCACAAUAGAAAAAUAUUUUGAGCACGACUGAUUUCACGUAACCGUUUACACAAACUUUUUCUGCAUUUUUCUGUUUAUGUCCUUUCGCAUGAAGAUGAAAUCUACCUUUUCUAGGCAAGGGAGAGCUAUUGAUUAAACUUUGAUGUGAUAAAAGGAAUUAGUUAAUCUACAAUGAUCAUAUCUAUAGACAAGUGACUGGAAUAAAGUUACAUUUUAUGCAUGUUCACUGUGUAUUAAUGUUUUUAAUGUUAUCAAGUUUACAAUAUCCUGUUAUAUUAAAAUCCUCAUACACACCA